CCACAGGUGCCGCGCAAGGCACGGUGUCCCAGCUCUGGACAUUACAACCCCGGCGUUGGGAACGGAGGCUUCCAAGCUGCUCCCACCACUGGACGCCGAGGCCCCCGGGCCGGAGGGCGGAGCCCUGGAGUCUUCUGAAGAGUGGGGACACGAGCCCCCCGGGCCUAACAGAAAAGUCCCCAGGCCUGCCGCAGAGCAGAACACCGAGGUCCCCAGGCCGGCCGGCGAGGUCCCCAAGCCCUCUGCAGAGCAGGGCGCCAAGACUCCCGAGGAAGACAGCCAAGUCUGCGGGUCACCAGCAGGGCAGGACGCAGAGGGUCCCAGGUCGUCCGCAGCCGGGGGUUCAGAGAACCCCGGGCCGGGCAGCGAAGACCUCGGGCCGUCCGAAGCGCGGAGUGCAGAGGUCUCGGGGCAGUGUCCCCCUCAGGAUCCCGAGACCCCUUCUUCGGGGUCAGGCCCGGAAGCCACCCAGCCGCGUUUUCCACUGCGCCCCGAGGCCCGCCCACCGUCCCCAGAGGAGCCGCUCAUGGAGACGCCCAUCGAGCGCGAAAUCCGGCGCAGCUGCGAACGCGAGGAGAGCCUGCGCCGGAGCCGAGGCCUGAGCCCAGGCCGCGCGGGCAGCGAACUCGUCGAGCUGCGCGUGCGGCCAGUGCUCAGCCGGCCAGGGCCCGGCCCCGCGCUCCCGCGCGCCUUGGAGCGCGCGCGGGCGGGCGCGCAGAUGCAGCGAGACAUCGAGCGGGAGGCCCACCGCCAGGCGGCGCUAGCGCGCUCGGCCUCCCCCGAACCAAGCUCCAGGUCACUGCCGCAGCCGCUCGGCGAGCUCAAGCGAUUCUUCGAGGCCGCCGGGGAGCGCGGCCCCUCGUCGUCGGGCGGCUUGGUCCCGCAGCGGCCACCUGAACCUGAAGGCCCGCGGCGCUCGGCCGCGCAGAGCGGGUGCCCGGUGCUGGCCCGCGCCCCGCAGUUCGCCGAGCUGUCGCUGCUGCAGCAGGAGGUGUGCGAGGUGCGCGAGCGCGAGCGGGAGCUGCAGCGCCUGCGGCGUAGUGUCUAUGGCACCGCCAAGUUCAAGGAGCCCGCGCCGAGCCUCACGGCGAGUACGGGCAACGGAAAGCUGGCGGUGAUCUGGCCCCCGCGCAGGAAGGCUUCAGAGAACUGCCUGGAGCAGGAGGAGCGCAAGCCUUGAGGUUUGAGCAGGCUGGAACCUCCGGAGGAAGGAACCUUCACGUCGGACAACCGGGUCGGGGGUGCCCCAGGAGUGCCCCCGGAUUGCGGGGAG